CAUGCAAUUUGCGGUCGAUCGGGAUGACGACGGGGGGGAGGUUGCCGACGUGGAGGGAGAGGGAGAACAACCGGCGGAGGGAGCGGCGGCGGCGUGCGAUCGCGGCGAAGAUCUACGCGGGGCUGCGGGCGCACGGCAACUACCCGCUCCCGAAGCACUGCGACAACAACGAAGUCCUCAAAGCCCUCUGCGCCGAGGCCGGCUGGACCGUCCACCCCGACGGCACCACCUACCGCAACGGAUGCAAGCCUCCUGAGAAUGCAGAUAUCAUAGGCGGCUCGGCUUCGCCGAGCCCGUGCUCUUCGUACCAGCCAAGCCCGCGCGCGUCAUACAAUCCGAGCCCCUCCUCCUCUUCUUUGGCCAGCCCUGCCUCUUCUUCAUAUAUUGCACAUUCCAGUAAUUUCAUUAACAACAUAAGCAAUAGCUCUCUCAUCCCAUGGCUCAAGAAUCUCUCAUCGUCGCCGGCCUCCUCAUCCAAGUUCCCUCACCUUCCGAGUCUCCACAUUCCGGGUGGUUCCAUCAGCGCCCCGGUGACCCCUCCUAUUAGUUCUCCGACCGCUCGCACACCCCGUUUCAAGACCGAUUUCAAUGACCUGAAUAUUCUCCCGCCGUGGGCUAGUCCUAAUUGUGCUUCUCUGCUAAAUUCCACUCCGCCAAGUCCUGGCCGCCAAACCGGGCCCAAUCCUGCAUGGCUCGCGGGGAUUCAGAUCUCUUCCGCGGGCCCUUUGUCUCCCACCUUCAGUUUUGUUUCAUCUAAUCCCUUUGGCAUCUUCAAGGAGGCGGUUGCGGGAGGAAGCUCUUCUCAAAUGUGCACGCCGGGGCAGAGCGGCACAUGUUCCCCUGUAAUGGGCGGGUCCGCCGGCCGUGGUGUUCCUGAUGAGUUUGCAUUUCGUAGUAACCAUGUGAAAGGACUAGUGAAGGCGUGGGAGGGGGAGAGGAUACAUGAGGAAUGUGGAUCGGACGAGCUGGAACUCACUCUCGGGAGCUCGAGGACAAGAGCUGAUGCCUGAUGAAUUGAAAGAGAGCUUUAUUUUAGCUUUUCCUUUCUUUUCUUUUUUUUCUCUUUAUUAGGCUAAGCGCGACCGUGGUAAAUUCGGAUAUUUCAUCUAUCCUCUUUCAGGUGAUCAAGAAUGUUUGUCAUGUCAAAAAUGUUCUUAAAUUUUCCGUUCUCGUGUAAAAAACGGCAGGAAUGAAUGAGCAUGUGAUUUUCGAAUGCCGAAAAGGAAUAUGGAUAGAACCAUGUGUUGGAGAAACUGCCCUUAACCAAUCUUCCAGUUUUCGAAGAUGUGUACAAUAAUGUAUUGUUGCUCGAAUCUCUGUAAUCCUCUGCCUUACUUCUUGCUCGUAACUUUUUGUUCUUCGAACUAAAUUCCCUUUGUUAUUUGUCCAUGGAUAUAAUCCAAACUCAAAGGUGGUGUUUGAUUCUCUA